GAGUCUCUCUCACCAACGUUCUUCUUUAAUGACCGGAUUUGUGUUUUGCUGCGCGAUGUACAUGGACAGAAGCAUGACGAGAGGCCCCUCCCCCUCCAGUCCCAGUCUGCUGCCUGAGGGUGUGUGUGUGGAGGCCUGUUCUCCGCGUCACCAGCAGGGGGCGCUGGAGGCCGACGCGCCGCUGAGCUCCGCCCCGGGCCCCGCCUCCCUGCAGGGAGGGGCGGGGCCGCCGGAGACCCCAACAACACCACCGAGGAAGAGCAGGCCCAAACCCCAGGUCCCCCGAAGCCCCCACCUCCAGCAGCAGGCGGGGGUGCUGAGGCCCCGCCCCCGGGCUCCAGACAAGCCCCUCCCCCCGCCAUGCAGGCCCCUCCCCGUGGACCCCCGGGGGCCGGGCCCCGCCCACCCGGGGGACGGCACCGCCUCCCCCACCUGCGUGCUGUCACUCAUCGAGAAGUUUGAGCGUGAGCAGAUCAUCGUGGUUCCUGACAUCAGCGGGGGCUCUGUCUCCGCCCCCGACCCCCCCGCCUCCUCCCGACCUUCAUCACCUCCGUCAUCUUCUUCACCCGCCCCCCCACCGGAGGAGGAGCCGCCCUCUGAGCUGAAAGGUCCCGAUGACGUCAGUGGGGGUGAGGGGGAGGAGGGAGACGGUGGCCAUGACGACGAUGAUGAUGACGAUGAUGAAGAGCUGGCGGCGGCGUGUCGAGACGACCUCCAUCAGAAGCGUCUCUCCAUGGAGUCGGGUUACAGCGCCUCAGAGAAGCACCUGGAGGAGGAUGCCGUUGCCGUGGAGAUGAGGGAGCAGCCGCCGCUGCUCGACCAAUCAGAGCUGCCCUCGGAGCGUCUGUCCCUCCCCUCCUCGCAGACGGAAGGGAAGCUGGCCAAUCGGGACAGCGGCAUCGACAGCAUCAGCUCUCCGUCGCACAGCGAGGAGCUCUGCUUCGCCGGCGUGGACGACGGGGGCGUGGCCUACCCCUGUAGCCCCGCCCUCCUGCCCCGCCUCUCCAGCUCCUCCUCGUACGCGGGGGAGGGAGGGGAGGAGGGAGAGGCACGGACGGGCGGGGCCAGGAGGAGGAGGGAGUUCUCUGAGGAGGGAGACAGCGACCUGGAGGAGGAGGAGGCAGAGCUUACGCUGGUGCUGCCCCCCCCCAAAACAGACAGACAGGACUCUGCUGAGCUGUCUGUUCAGCAGAGGGUCUUCAACAUAGCCAACGAGCUGCUGCACACAGAGACUGGCUACGUCUCUAAGCUCCACCUCCUGGACCAGGUGUUCUGUGCUCGUCUCCUGGAGGAGGCCCGGUCUCGCUCCUCCUUCCCCUGUGACGUGGUCCAGGGGAUCUUCUCCAACAUCUGCUCCAUCUACUGCUUCCAUCAGCAGUUCCUCCUGCCAGCACUGCAGAAACGCAUGGAGGAGUGGGACUCUAACCCACGGAUCGGUGACAUCCUGCAGAAGCUCGCUCCGUUCCUGAAGAUGUACGGAGAGUACGUGAAGAACUUUGACCGAGCGAUGGAGCUGGUGAACAUCUGGAUGGAGAGGUCGUCUCAGUUCAAGAGCAUCAUCCAGGAGAUCCAGAGGGAGGAGCGCUGUGGGAAUCUCACUCUGCAGCAUCACAUGUUGGAGCCGGUUCAGAGGAUUCCUCGCUACGAGCUGCUGCUCAAAGAUUAUCUGCACCGCCUGCCAGAGGAAGCCCCGGACCACCGGGACGCCCAGAAGUCUCUGGAGUUGAUCGCCACAGCAGCAGAACACUCCAACGCUGCCAUCAAGAAGAUGGACCGGAUGAGGAAGUUGUUGAAGGUGUACGAGUUGUUGGGAGGAGAAGAAGACAUCGUGAACCCGACAAACGAGCUGAUUAGAGAAGGACACAUCCUGAAGCUGUCCAACAAGAACGGGACCACGCAGGACCGAUACCUCAUACUGUUUAAUGACAGGUUGCUUUACUGCGUCCCGAAGCUGCGUCUGAUUGGUCAGAAGUACGGCGUCCGUGCUCGCAUCGAUGUGGACGGGAUGGAGCUGAAGGAGACCAGCAGUGUUGCAGGAUCCAGGACGUUCCUGGUGUCUGGAAAACAGAGAUCACUGGAGCUGCAGGCCAGGACGGAGGAGGAGAAAAAAGACUGGAUUCAGGCCAUCCAGGCGACCAUCCAGAGACACGAGACGACGAUGGAGAGCUUCAGACAUCUCACCUGUUCUCUGAGAGAAGACGAGUCCACUCCGCCUCACUCCCCGAGCUGUGUGGAACUCGGAAAACGAGCUCCGACUCCCAUCAGAGAGAAAGAAGUGACUCUGUGUAUGAAAUGUCAGGAACCGUUCAACUCCAUCACCAAGAGACGACACCACUGUAAAGCCUGUGGACACGUGGUUUGUGGGAAAUGUUCAGAGUUUCGUGCUCGUCUUUCAUACGACAACAACCGCACCAACCGGGUGUGUGUGGACUGCUACGCCAUGCUGGUGGGGGCGUCGCCUUCACCCGCCACGCUGAGCAGCAGCACCCACAGGAGACGCUCCAUCCUGGAGAAACAGGCAUCCCUGGCAGCAGAGCACAGUGUGAUCUGUAGUUUCCUUCACCACAUGGAGAAAGGAGGUGGGCGGGGCUGGCAGAAGGCCUGGUUCGUCAUCCCUGAGAAUGAGCCGCUGGUGCUCUACAUCUACGGAGCUCCACAGGACGUGAAGGCUCAGCGCAGCAUUCCUCUGAUUGGCUUCGAGGUCGCUCUUCCUGAGUCAUGUGACCGGCUGGAGCGACGCAACGCCUUCAAGAUCUCCCAGAGUCACCUGACCCUGUACUUCUGUGCCGAGGGGGAGGAGCUACAGCGGCGAUGGAUGGACGUCCUGCUGAGGGCCGGGCGGGGGGAGGAGCCUCAGGUCCACCGGCCAAUCGUUGAGAGUGUGGAGGAAGAGGGGGAGGAGCUGGCAGCGGAGGAGGAGAACACGUGAUCCUAUUGGACGAGGAAGGAUGACGACGAUGAAGAUCCGUCUCUAUGGAAACCUUUAAAAAACCAGUACACUGAUGUUCAACACACACACACACACACACACUGCAUGACUGCCCCUCGCUGUCAGACACAAGAUGGCGUCUCUCUCUUCUUCACCUUGUUUUCUUUUCUCCUGCGCUGUGACGCAGCGAGGUGGGCGGAGCUUCUUCUCACAGGAAACAGUCAGUUUGGUCCUAAACACUACAGUACCCAUAAGCCUCAGCUGCGGUUCCCCUGGAGACACCUCCACCAUCCAUCAGCAGUAAGAAGCUCUCUGAUUGGACGUUUCCUGGAACAUGAAGCUGCUGUGAGGAACAUCUCAGUCUUCAAAUAUGAAUC